UCUAGUGUCUUAGGUAGAACACCAGGGAUUAAAGACUUAAUAGGCUUCUCUCGUCUGCAACAUUCGACAUGCCUUGACCACAAAUGUAGCCCGCACAUGUCUUUGAAGGGAAUUGUAUCGGACUAUGGACAUAUUUUGUAGACUACUAUUAAUAGUUGUGUUGACAGUGAACGUGCAAGUAUGUGAGUCUCUGACUCAAUGUUUAACAGGGUGCAGUUGCGUGGCAGACCGUAAUGGCAGGUCACUUAUAUGCAUGGAGGAGAGUGCCUUCGGAGCCAUACCGGACAACAUUCCGGUAGACAUGAUCAAAAUCCGCAUAGAAAAGUCUCACUUCACCGAAGUCCCCAAGGGAGCCCUCUUAACCGUCCCAAACCUGGAAAACCUGUGGUUGAACUUUAACGACAUCACUCUGAUCAAUUCAAAGGCUUUAGAAGGAUUGAGAAACCUGUCCGAGUUACGUCUCCAAGGCAACAGGCUACGAUCGGUGCCGUGGACGGCGUUCGAAGACACGCCCGCGCUCAAGAUCCUGGACCUGAAGCACAACCAGCUGGACGUGUUGCCCGAACACGCGCUAAAAUACCUGCCCGGUCUGACCUACUUAGACCUCUCUUUCAACCAGCUCUCGGUCAUCUCGAGGGAAGUCUUCCUAAACUGGCCGCUCUACCAGAGAAUACAGAGCACGAGCGGCCAGGAGACCAAUCACCAAGGGCCCAACGUCGUGCUGGCGCUGCAUGACAACCCGUGGCUCUGCGACUGCCGUCUGGCGGGCUUCGUGGAGUUCGCCAAGUCUCUUGGCCCGCCCAUCCUCCUGAUGAACUCCUACUUGACCUGCUCGGGUCCGGACGUCAGAGCGGGGAAGUUCUUCCACGAGACGGAGCUGGAGAGGUGUUUGAGGCCCGUGGUCUCCACCCCGUUCACCAACAUCAGCAUGCCCCUGGGGGCGAACAUCACCCUGCAGUGCAUGGCGCGCGGCCGGCCCAAGCCCGCGGUGUGGUGGACAUAUGGCCUGAAGAUAAUCAGAGGAUUUCGUGAAUCCCAGGAAUGGAUCUCGGCCGACAUCAUCAGAACCAGCCUGGUCAUCCCCGCCCUGCACCCCGUGGACCGCGGCCUCUACACCUGCAGCGCCCUCAACUUCCUGGGCAACUCCUCUGUCAGCAUCGCCCUGGAGGUGCUCCACUCUCCCUCCUCCUCCUCCUCCUCCUCCUCCGACGCCAAGUCGCCGUCGUCCCCCAACGGCCCCCGGCCCCGCUCCGGCCUCCCCGUGCUCGGCGGCGGCGGCGAGGAGGACAACGUGUACAUCGACAUCCGCAUCGCCAAGCAGACGGUGCGCGGCAUCAGCAUCGAGUGGUACGCCACGCUGGAGCGGCCCUCGGAGACCUGGUUCACGGUGCACCUGGGCCGCGCCGACGGGGCCCCCGGCGCCCGGGAGGCGGUGCACGUGGGGCCGGGCCUCAACGCCUACGCCGUGUCCGACCUGCUGCCCGCCACCAAGUACGACAUCUGCGUCACGCUGCAGAACCGCAGCCCGCGGCCGGGCCAGUGCCUGGUGUUUGUGACGGGCAGUGACGUCACGGAGAAGGAGCAGCGGGAGAAGCUGAUCCACAUCGUGGUGAUCGUGCUGGCCAUGGUGCUGGCCGUGCCUGCGGGGAUGUACGCGUGCACCACGGACGCCAAGCUGGCCUGCCCCGAGGGCGUGGCAAAGGCCUGGAGGAACAGGCAGCAGAGGGCUGGGGAUCGGGGGGGAUCCGGCAGGGAGAGGGAGAGCACGUUUGACAGCUUGCAGGCGGCCAGCGACGAGGGACUGGUGAACAGGGAGUCCAGCGAAGACCGAAAGGUGAGGAGGAGGUCUGAAGAUAGGGGGCUGAAGAACAAAAUGGCGGACCACUGCAGACUCACUGCGGAACUGUAUUAGAAGAUAAUAGUGGGUUUAACAAGAGAGGGCGGCUGGAUUUUUUUGGGUUGUUAUUUUUAUGAAUUGACGUCCCUCAUUUUGUAUGAAGUCUCUUUUCCUUCUUCCUCUUCCUUCAACACAUUGUUAGUCAAGCAAUAACUUGCUGUUAAAUACAUUAAAGCAUGUUAUAAAAUGCUGUCGUUGAGCAGAAUAUUACAAAAUGUUCAUACAAAGCAUUUUGUAUAUUUAUUAUUGAUUAAAAGUUUGCCUUUAUUUUAAUAUUUUCUCUUCCUUUGUUCUAGGCCCGGGAGAAACGAUGACUGCUAUUACUGAUUUGAAGAUUUAUGAUUGAUAUGAAGGAAGAAUGUGAUGCUGUAUUAAUCACAGCAUCACAUUCUGUAAUAAGCCCUAUUUUCAUCUUGUUAUAUAUUAAUUGUGCAUGCAUUGACAGGAUUGUAAACAAAUUAUGCAAGCAAUGACUGUGAUUUGAUCAGCAGUUAUGGUCAAAUGUUUUUGUCAAAAUGUAAUAGCAAUGCUAUUAAGCGUUUAAACAAGCUGUCGAUAGUAAAUGCAUGUUUUUAAAUGUUUUUAAAAUUAAAUACAAUCCUCCUGUUUUCUUGGCAACAACUUGACAACCAUAACUUUCAAAGGCAUUUGAAAGUUAUAUGCAGAACAUGCACCUGUUGCCCAUGGCAAUGGCAUUUCAAUGAGUGUGUGUUUGUGUGUGCGCGUGCGUUAUUAUGAGCACCAUAAAAAUAUUCAAUCCUGA